AUGAACGAGCAUCGACUUCAUUACAUCCCCCUGGAAUCUGACCCAAUCAUAUUCACCGAGCUCAUCCAAGCUCUAGGUGUACAUUCAUUGCAGUUUCAUGACGUCCUGUCUCUCGAUUUGGCGGAUCUCUCGCCGUCUGGGGCCUUAGCAUUGCCUGCUGACCCUUACGCGUUAAUAUUGAUAUUUCCGACCACACAAGAGUACGAGGCUGACUUGAAAGCGGCCAAGAAGCGCGCUCAUCUGGAUGGGACACAGUAUAAAGGUUGCGGCGAGCAGGAGCCUGUCCAUUGGUUUGAACAGACGAUCGGAAAUGCUUGUGGGUUGUAUGCAAUCUUGCAUGCUGUCGCAAAUCUGGGGCCAGCAGCGAGUAAGGACCAUAUAGCAUCUGGAUCUGUGCUCGAGUCAUUUCUCGCGGAAGUCAUUCCUUUUGACCCCGAGCAACGCGCCGCGGCUCUGGAGACAUCACCAGCCAUCGCGGAAGCUCAUCGACGCGCUGCGGUCCAAGGAAGCACACCAGUACCUGAUGCUGAAGACGAGGUCUAUUUCCAUUACAUUUGCUUCGUCAAGUCUCCAAAGAACGGUCAUAUCUACGAGUUGGACGGAGACAAGAACGGAUUUGUUGAUCGCGAUUCAUUUUUGGAGGGCGACCAAGACCUGCUCAGCGGCGGCCUCAAACUGGUACAGUCAUUAAUCGAAACGGAGAGCCAGCAGUUCCAGCUUAUGGCCUUGGUACCAACAACGUCGCCGCCGACUGAGUUACCUUGA